AUGGAGCUGAAAAUAUGGGAUUGGCCAAUGUUUGCCGAACUUCGACUUAUGGGCGUCCGACAAUUGAUCUAUCAGGUAAGGCGAAUGUUUCGAAGAUUAAUAAGACGUGUACAUAAAAAAGAUUGAUAGAGCUUAUUCACAAGUAUAUGUUUUUUGUUAUUGUGGCCGAAUUAGUAAAUUUGAAAGAGUAAAAGUCUAGAAUAACAUAAAAACACAUCUUCAAACCGAUUGCAAUUUUUAGGUAUUAAACUUUGCAAUGAUCAUAUCAACAGCCUUGAUGAUAUGGAAGGGUUUGAUGGUGUUCACGGGGUCAGAGAGUCCAGUUGUUGUUGUUUUGUCCGGCUCGAUGGAGCCAUCUUUCUACAGAGGUGACCUUCUUGUGCUUGGUGACAACCGUGAAGUGCCAAUUGAAGCUGGAGAGAUUGUAGUUUUCAGAAUCCGAGGCCGAGACAUUCCUGUUGUACAUCGUGUGAUCCGAGCAUAUGUGAAGAACGCUACUGAAAGCUACUUUUUGACCAAAGGAGACAACAACAGGGUAAGUCCUUGAUUUUGUUGUUCUUUAGGUGUUUGGGUCUGGUCCUUCAUAUUUUUGAAUAUUUACGGCGAUGUACUGCUUUGAACGGUUUGAUAAUGAGCAUAUGAUCUUGGUCAUUGUAUCAAGCAAAAAAAUUUAGUUUCAUAUUUUUGUUUGCUUUGAAAACCAUCAUGUAGUAGGUACAAUGACCUAGCUAUUACUUAAAAGCAUUGUUUUAAAUUUAAAACGAUUUUUAAAUACAAUAAACCAAUAAAACUAAAAUUUUAGGUUGACGACAGAGGUUUGUACGCCGAAGGCCAGCAUUACGUGACUCGAGGCGAGAUUCUGGGCCGUGCCAAGGGAAUGGUACCAUACAUUGGCAUGGUGACGAUCUUGUUGAACGACUACCCUCAAUUAAAGUUCGUUGUGAUCGGAGUUCUGGCCUUGCUUGUUCUAAUUCAUCGGGAAUAA